AUGCAUUUCUCACACGCCAUUCUCCUCAUGGCUUCUGCCCUUCCAGCUGUGGUACUCGCCGACACCAUACAGGGAGGACUGUCGCUCGGUGUGGAGAACGAUAAGCGCAGCGUCUCGCCAUUGCUGCGCAGAGACGACACUCCACCUGUGGCUUGCACACCUCCGGACGAUACUACAUGCAUCCCAAAGGGCGUUGUUCCUUACACGCCCUACACCUGCAACAUUCCGCUCACGAACGAUCCUGCGAACAUCGCACUUGAUGCGGUCCGCCGUAACGGGUACCCUCAUUGUAACGCCGACAAAGCUGUUUGCACAUGCUCUGUACACGGCUCGUCGCAUGACAUUCUCGUCGAGGUCUGGAGAGAAAUCAUCUCACGCCAAGAUCCCUCCCUUCACAUCGUCGACGUUUGUGAACAUGGCACGAUGUCUUACGAUGGCGCCCCAUACCUCCAAAUUGAUUACAACGUCGAUUUCUCGAUUUCUGCGAUUUUGGUAUUUUCGUCGAUAGGCUUUCGAUGA